AUGCCCGACCUGAAUAAAAACCUUCCCGUGCAGGACGGCUUCGCGGCCACCGUGCAGCUGCCGUGCCGGCACUCGGCAGCGGCGGAGGGGGCCACCCUCGUGCAGCAGAAGGGGAGCUACCUCGAGGCGCUGCUCUCUGGCCGCUACCACGUCAGCCGCGACCGCUACGGGCGCAUCUUCCUGAAUCGGGACCCGGAGUACUUCCGCGCGAUCUUGAACUUCCUCCGCAACCCGUCGACGCCGCCCGUGCCCCGCGACAGCGCCGAGUCGGAGGCCCUGGUUCGCGAAGCUGACUACUACGGCGUCCGCUUCUUUCCCUACCAGCUGAUAUUCGCGGUCGGCGGCCACGACGGCUACGAGCACCUCCGCGCCACCGAGGUCCUCGAUGUGAACAACCACUGCUGGCGACCCUGCCGGCCCAUGAGCACCGAGAGGACUUACUUCGGAGCGGCCACCCUGAACAGCAAGCUUCACAUUUUCGGCGGGCAGAACCUGGACUACAAAGCCAUGAGCGACCUGGAGGUGUAUGACUGCCUCCGGGACACCUGGGAGCCAGGCGCUGGCAUGAGGUUCCCGCGGCGCAAUUGCGCGUCGGUGGAGCUCGACAAACGCAUAUACGCCGUGGGUGGCUUCGACGGGACAGGAAUUACCGACCAGGUCGAAGCGUACGACGCUCGCCUGAAGAGCUGGAUGCAGGUUGCGAGCUUGCCAACGAAGCGCUCGUCGGCCGCGUGCUCAGGGCUGAACGGCAAGCUUUACGUCAUGGGUGGCACCUCCGGCACGCGCCUGAGGACCGUCGAUGUCUUCGAGCCGCGCAUGAACAAGUGGGAGACUCACAAGUCGGAGAUGAACUGCGAGCGCUCUGCCGGGCAGGCGAUCAGCUGCGUGAACCACGUCUUCGCCGUCGGUGGCAUCGACAACGCGCAGAACCCGCACGCGAGCCUGGAGUGUCUCGACUACGACAGCGGCUCCUUCAGCCUGCGGUCGUCCAUGCAGGAGCCGCGCAUGGAGUUCGCUGCGGCGGUGAUCUCCGACACGAUCGUGGUCGGCGGCGGCCAGAACGGGGGCGUGCUCUCCUCGACCGAGUUCUACCGGCCCGAACUGGACGAGUGGCAGGCCGGCCCGUCGAUGAUGAUCCCGAGGUACGGGCACCAGUACCUGCUGUGCACGCUGUGAGGCCGCGGCCUCCUGCGACCGCUGCCGGCCGUGGCGCCGCGGUGCCACGGUGCCAUCGGGCGAGUGUCCGGCUCGGCUGCCCGUGGUCAAUCGGAUUCAUGUCUCGUGCCAGUGUCGAACACCACGCCGACGCUCAUCCUGGCCAGGGAGUUCCUGUGCCCAGGAGGGAGCUCACUGGCAUGGGCCACACAGAGAUCCUGGGCCCUGGAGGGGCAUGGCCAGUAGCAGUGUCAGAGUGAUUUUAGUUGGCCGUUCUCCGCGUUGGGGCACGGCGGUCUUCCGAUUGCUGCUUGCCAGCGGGCUGCUGGCC